AAACUUGUUGCAACAAACAGGCGACCGCGGGUGCCCCUAGCAGCCAGCGGCGGAGUGGGUGGGCGGGCGAGAGGGAGGGGAAGGCUGGCGGACGCCGCAGCGAACUGGUGGGCAGACCCGGAGUCGCCGCGUAAGCGGGGCCGGCUCAGUGCGGUGCGGCAGGCGCGGCUGUGCGGCAGCGGAAGUCCUUUGUUGCAGCGCAGUCCCUGGCAGAGCCGGAGCCUCUCCGCGCAGCCCAGCCCGAGCGCCGAGCGCCGCGCGCCGCCGCCACUGCAGCCCGCGGCCCCUUCGCCUCCGCCCGCCUUUCCCGCGGCUCCUUUGCCUUAAACUCCCUAAAACCUCCGCAGCCCGGGUCCCCGCGGCGGCCGGUCUCUAAUUAAUAGAAGAUGGCAAAGCCCAGCCACAGCAGCUACGUCCUUCAGCAGCUAAACAACCAAAGGGAAUGGGGUUUUCUCUGUGACUGUUGUAUCGCAAUUGAUGACAUUUACUUUCAAGCACACAAAGCAGUUCUAGCUGCCUGUAGCUCCUAUUUUAGAAUGUUUUUCAUGAACCAUCAGCAUAGUACUGCACAACUGAAUCUCAGCAACAUGAAAAUCAGUGCUGAGUGUUUUGAUCUCAUUUUGCAAUUUAUGUAUUUAGGGAAAAUCAUGACGGCUCCCUCCAGUUUUGAGCAAUUUAAAGUGGCUAUGAACUACCUACAGCUAUACAAUGUUCCUGACUGUUUAGAAGACAUACAAGAUGCAGAUUGUUCUAGUUCAAAAUGUUCCUCUUCUGCUUCUAGCAAACAGAACAGCAAAAUGAUAUUUGGGGUAAGAAUGUAUGAAGAUACUGUGGCUAGAAAUGGCAGUGAAGCCAACAGGUGGUGUGCAGAGCCAAGUUCAACAGUAAAUACACCACACAAUAGAGAGCCUGAUGAAGAGUCUUUACAAUUAGGUAAUUUUCCUGAACCACUAUUUGAUGUAUGUAAAAAAAGUUCCGUGUCCAAAUUAUCUACUCCAAAAGAACGUGUGUCACGACGCUUUGGACGGAGUUUUACUUGUGAUAGUUGUGGUUUUGGCUUUAGCUGUGAGAAAUUAUUAGACGAGCAUGUGCUAACCUGUACUAACAGACAUUCAUACCAAAACACAAGGUCUUACCACAGAAUAGUAGAUAUUAGAGAUGGAAAAGACAGUAAUAUCAAAGCUGAGUUUGGUGAAAAGGAUUCUUCUAAAACAUUUUCUGCACAGACGGACAAAUACAGAGGAGACCCAAGUCAGGCUGCUGAUGAUUCAGCUUCAACCACUGGAAGCAGAAAAAGCACGGUAGAGUCUGAACUAGGAAGUGAAGAAAAAAGCAGAGCAGCAGAGAGAAAAAGAAUCAUCAUCAAGAUGGAGCCAGAAGAUAUUCCUACCGAUGAACUGAAAGAUUUUAACAUUAUUAAAGUGGCUGAUAAGGACUGUAACGAAUCCACUGACAAUGAUGAUUUAGAAGAUGAACCUGAAGAGCCAUUUUAUAGAUACUAUGUUGAAGAAGAUGUCAGUAUUAAAAAAAGUGGCAGGAAAAGUCUGAAACCAAGGAUGUCGAUAAAUGCUGAUGAAAGAGGAGGUCUAGAAAACAUGCGGCCCCCUAACAACAGCAGUCCUGUACAAGAGGACGCUGAAAAUGCAUCUUGUGAGCUGUGUGGACUCACUAUUACAGAAGAGGACCUUUCGUCUCACUACUUAGCCAAACACAUUGAAAAUAUCUGUGCAUGUGGUAAAUGUGGACAAAUACUUGUUAAGGGUAGACAGCUUCAGGAACACGCUCAGAGAUGUGGAGAACCCCAAGAUCUGACCAUGAAUGGGCUAGGGAAUACUGAGGAGAAGAUGGAGAUGGAGGAGAAUCCUGAUGAGCAGUCUGAAAUUAGAGACAUGUUUGUAGAAAUGUUGGAUGACUUUAGGGACAAUCAUUUCCAGAUGAACAGUAUGCAAAAGAAGCAGUUAUUUAAACAUUCUGCUUGUCCUUUUCGAUGUCCUAAUUGUGGCCAGCGUUUUGAAACAGAAAAUCUAGUGGUCGAGCAUAUGUCUGGCUGCCUAGACCAAGAUAUGUUUAAGAGUGCCAUCAUGGAAGAAAAUGAAAGAGAUCACAGGCGAAAGCAUUUUUGUAAUCUGUGUGGAAAAGGGUUCUAUCAGCGAUGUCACUUGAGAGAACACUAUACUGUUCAUACUAAGGAGAAACAGUUUGUUUGUCAGACAUGUGGAAAGCAGUUUUUAAGAGAACGUCAGUUGCGACUGCACAAUGAUAUGCACAAAGGCAUGGCCAGGUAUGUCUGUUCCAUUUGUGAUCAAGGAAACUUCAGAAAACAUGACCAUGUACGGCAUAUGAUUUCGCAUUUAUCUGCUGGUGAGACGAUAUGCCAGGUCUGCUUUCAGAUAUUCCCCAAUAAUGAACAGUUGGAACAGCACAUGGAUGUUCAUCUGUAUACAUGUGGAAUAUGUGGAGCAAAAUUUAAUUUGAGGAAAGAUAUGAGAUCACAUUAUAAUGCCAAGCAUUUGAAAAGAACAUAAGUGAUUUUCUACUGUACUAAUGUUUAGUUGAUAGCAGACAAAACACCAAAGCAAAAGAUAUGAGCUAUUUAGAAAUUGUUUUUAUAAGAUGAAUUGUUGGAAACAAUUUCAAGGCCCUUUUAUCUUAAAUAUUUUUGUUUAGGAUCUUAAGUAUCUAUAUCUUAGGUGUUAUUAAACGCUUAUUCUUUUUGUUAUUUCUUAAUAGAAUUCUUUGUUUUUAGUUUGUUUUAGCUAUGAUUAAAAUUACUUUUAAAUGUAGAUUACAAGUGGUUGUUACCCCUUCAAUGACUAUUAAACUUUAGUUUUUUAUCAAUAAGGUGAUGACUUCAAUAUUUCUAAGUGUUUUUUUAGGAUUAUGUGAAAUUUUAAACCCAACAUUGUCCAUUCCUGACUAAUUUUAAAUUUUAAGUAAGUACACACUCCUAUUCACAUUCAACUUUUAUUUUAUUUUUUUAUAUGUUGAACAGUGAUUUAACCACUGUUUAUUCCCCCUGCUCAGUGAAAUUCAUAUUCUUAAGUUGAGAAGCUUAUUAGGCAGGUUAGGUGCAGUGAAUCUAACCUUGAAGGUUGACAUGGGCUCAAACUUAGCCUAAAACAUUGAUGGACCUAAGGAAAUUCCUAUAAAUGAAUAUUUCCUAUAAUUGAUAAAAUAUUAUCAUUUAAUAAUCAUAUUUAAAACUUAUAUUAAGUGUAAAACCCAAUGACUUUACCCUACUUGAGGAAUUAGUGGGGACAAGUCAUUUUGCUUUGUGAUGUUAAAUUUAACUAUGAUAGUUAAUUAAAAGACAUAUCUUGUAUUCAUUUAAAAUAAUUUAAAAUAUUCUGAUUUCUAAAGUGUGUUAGUUUAUCAAUUAUUUUUGUUUAUAAAUAGACUAAUAGCUUUCUAGGAGUAUGACAUCUGAAGCAAACUGAUUUUUCACCUUUAAAAUUACAUACUUUUGGAACUUACUUUGAGACUUGAGAAAGCUGCCGUGUAUACUGAUAAAACUAAUAAAGAAAUCAAUUACAAAUCUGGUUGUUCUAUAAAAGUAGAGUGUGCAAAAAAAUGUCUUGUGUUUUACAUUAUCUGAGAUUUGGAGGAAAUGUGUUGUAGCAAAUUACAGUUUAUCACCAUGUCUUUUUCUUUUUCUAUAAAGGACUACAAAAUUUAAGAACUAUAAAAAAAAAUCACAGAGCAUACAAUGAAAAAGGUUUAUCAUUUUUUAGUGAAGUAGCUGACACACCGUUUACAUAAAUUACAUAUAAAUUAACACACUGGCAAUACUGACCCACCUAUAAGCACAUUUAUUAACUAGAUGCCUUUUAAUAUGAAUGGCUAAAUACCUUUCUCAUAAUGAAAGGGAUUUUAAAUAACUCACUUAGAAGUAUAAUUUUCUGACUAUGAAGAGUAAUUUAAUAGUAUUAAUCUUUGUUUACAUCAGAUUUUUAAAAUAUGCAAUUCAUACUUUUGUAGACAAUGUACAUAAAAGAACAAGUUGCCGAGAAAAUUGACUUACACAGAUUUAGUUGAAAGAGAAGCGUUAGAAAAAUGUGAACUUAGCAAUUUAUGGGGAUACAUUGAAGGUAUUAAGAAUAGAAAUAGUACAGGAGCCAGUACAAUAUUAAAAUGAGAAAGUACAGAUUGGGAGAAACAAACAAGAACAAAAUUGAGAAAUAGAGAAUUAUUUUUAAGAACCCAUGUAGCAGAACAAGCAAAAACAGUGAUUCAUCUUAGUUUUGGAUACAUUAAGUUAUCUGAAAUGCCACUUAAGAUGAGAUAUAUAUACAUUACUAAUGGAAUGAUAAAAGUCCAGUAACCCAAAAACCAGCUACCAAACUAUACAGUAUCUUAGUGUAUUCUUUGGAUUUGUUUUUUUUUUUUCUGAUGGAAAAAAAACCAUCAUGCCAUCCUCAUCAGAAUGUAUUGAAUGGCUUUCCCACUUUUAGGGAACAUAUUUCUUCCUAAAUACUACCUCUUUGUAGAAAGGAUUAUCUAUUCAAAUAGGAAAGGAGGCUUUAAUUUAGUAUUUUGAUAAACAUUAAACAUUAUCACUAGUUUUAGAUAACAGAUGUUUAUAAUUCACAUACCACACCUCACAUUUUCUCUAAGCUGUAAGUCCCUAAUUCUUGCCCUCCAGUGCUGUGAAGGCAAUGAAGACUCUCAGAGAUUAAUAAAGCACACAUAAGUAAAAUGGCUAAUAUUGGGGCCUCCCUAGUGGCCUAUGGGUUAAGUCUCAGUGCUAUCUCCCUAUCAUCACUAAGGCCUGAGUUUAAUCCUUGGUCUGAGUUCGCUCCCUGGCCAGGAAGGUGCCCCACAUGGCACAGCAGACCUCUCCUGUCUCACCCGCUGCUCCCCUCAGCAGUGUAUUUCAGUCAGUCCACCUGUUCUGCUCCCCACUCUGACUUUGGUGAAUCCUCUCACCCCUCACGCCUCUGGCCUAGACCCCAGUUCUUGUAUGCAUAAAUAAAUUUUUUUUAAAAAUAAAAAUUUGAGAAAAAUAUGGGCAAGAUAUAAAAAUUUAAGAAAAUAGACAUUAAAAUUCUCUAGGUGAGAUGAAUAGAUGAGAUGAUUUCUUAGGUUAAAAUAAUUUAAGAUGAUUGAAUUAGAAGUAGAAAAUGCCUCAUAGAACAAUUGUUAUGAACAUACCAAGGAUAUGUCUAGAUAAUAUACCAACUUUGUAUUCUAAAACAGGUGGAAGAGAGGCUGUUGGUGGUUGGGAACUUUCUAUCCAGUUAAACACGUUCUACAUUAGUUAAGAAGCUUCCAUAUUUAAUAGAUCUCUGGAAAAUCCCUUAAAGAACCAGUGUAACAACUAUAAUAUUUAAACAUAAAACUUGUCAUUGUUAGUAAAAUGGUAAGUCAGUACCAACCAAAAGAAAAUCUGAAUGGUAGGUAAACACAUAAUUGAAAUUUGGUGUAUUUUUUAAUUUUUAACAAUUGUAUCAUGAAUUGCAAUUCUUUUUCUUUUGCCAUUAAUCUACUUUGAUCAGUUCCUCAUCUUUCCACCCCACCCUCCCCACCUCCUCUGCGACAAAUGCUUCUCACUGAUAAAUGCCUGUGCUCUGCUGGCAUCCUGCGACUACAACUAGGUUUCCAGGGUACCAAAAAGCUUUGUGGGAACAUGGCCUUGUGGAAUGUCUCCCAUCUCCCUGAUACCUGAGGUGCAGCACAAACUGGGGUGGCAGGAUAAAUUCUAGGGAAUGAAAGUAGUUAUAUUUGGUGUCAAUAAGAACUUGAAGCUGGAAGCAGCACCGAUUUGGAAACCAAUGCCCCAUUCAUCCUAAGGGUCUCGGUUACCUCAGCAUUGCACUCUAUACAUUUUUAAGUACUUUACACAUGUAAUUUUAAUUAAAUUUCACAGCCUUAUGAGGUAAGUAUCUAAUUUUCCAGAUGAGGGACUCAUUUCAGAGAAAUGAGUAUUUUUCCUAAGAUCACACAGAAACUAAAUUAUUAGACUGAUUUCUACAUUCCUGUACUUAGCCACUAAGCUAUAUACUCUACCUACCAAGAAGUACAAAAGAAGGGCCUUUUCAGCCUAGGGACACAUGCAAUAAAACAAUCUGCUUCUUGGUCAUCUGUCAUCUGCUGUGCCUGGUAAGGUAGCUGUUACCUAAUGAACAUGUCAAAUGUGAAAUAUCAGUCAAAUACAAAACUUUACUUGAAAUCGGUCAUUCAGAAUGAUGUUUUAGAAAUAAGUAUUAAAGCUAACAUGUUUUAAUUUUCCUUUAUUUAAACUUAAAACAUUCAGUGGUACUGUCAGCCAUUCCAGGAUGUGACUCCCCCACUGCACCACUUUUUCCCUAUUCCUGGCCUCUUUUAAUCUCCCCCACCAAUGAUCAUUCAUUUCCUUUUAUUGGGCAUGAGACUGAUGAAUAACUGAAAUCAUUUGAAAAUAAAUAUUUCCAAGGAAAACCAGGACCCUAGAAAAACAUGCUGCUGCUUUUUGCUUUAACAGAUGAUGUGGAUAAGAAAAUUUUCAUUUCCUUGGCUAAAAACCAAAAUUCCUAAUUACUAUAUUGUGAUUUAUUUGAUUGAAGUUUAUAGAGCACUAUAAGUUUGCCUAAAAACAAAAGUUGGUUAUUCUAGCCGCUUGUAAUUCAAUUUACCAAAAAUACAAAUUGCUAGUGUAAACUAAACUUUCUUAAACAUGGUUGAGUGGUUUAAGUGAAAUAACUUCCCUCUCGAGUGAAUCUGAUUUUAACUUUUCACAUCAAUUGCCUGAUUUCUAUGCUAAAGGUACCACUGUAAUAAUCUCUAUCAUCUGCCAAGUGUUACUUUUCAAGUAAGAUUAAAAGAAGAUGGUGAAGAUUCCAUGGAUAAUGUCACCAUUUAGGUGGCCCUCAGUCAUUGCCUACUGUCCAACUCAAGGACAUUACUUGGUAACAGGGGUAUAGUCCCAUACAAUAACCAGCUGGAAUUCAACUAUUGAUAGUUAUAAAUUUAUAGCUGGCAAGAAACAAAAAUGCAAGGAUAUAGAAUGUAUCUCUGACUAUUAGUAAAUAUUCAUAUUAAUGACAAUAGUGGCUUGUAAGCUCAUGCUAAUUUUGAACAACAUAUGCAAAUGUUCGGUUGACUUUAAGUUUAAACUUUUUAAAUAUUUUACAUUAAAAAUCCAAGCAUACAGAAUUUAAACUAUUUAAGUUCCUUAUUAUUUUCAGGAGCACCAAACACUGAGGUCCAUUAGUACUGACAUAAUUGUUCAUCCUUUCUAUCAAAAUCCAACACAGAUCACUAGGGGGCAGGAAUUCAUUAUAAUUUCUCAUCCUCUUAUUUCAGCAAGAUUGUGUGAAGAUUACAAUUCAGUAGUUGGUUUACAAGUGAAUAUGUCAGUCAUGAGUGUAAUAAAAUACUGGAAACUCUAGGAUUAAAGGAGAACAAAAGUAUAAAAGACAUGAUUUCACUGUAAGAAAUAUUAAUUUUACAUGAGAAAAUAUACAAAACUUUCUGUAUUUACCUAUUUGAGAAAGAAAUACAGCAGGUUAGACAAUCUAUAAAACUCCUUUUAAACUUUCAGAAGUUACGUUCAUUUUAUUCUUGACCCAACUGCUUAUGCCAACCAAAAUCAGCAACUCAUUUCAGGAUGAGGACUAAACAUCAGGACUAUGAAAGUAAAAUUUUUUCCCAAAUAGAUUAUAUGUUCUCUAAUGUGGGGAGAAAUAUUUUAAGAGAUGAUCUCAAAAAAUUAAAGAUCAUUAUUAUAAGGAUAAAGAUUUGCUAUAAAAAGUAUUCUUAUACCUAGAAUAACGGGCAGAUUAGGAGAGUUAAGAUUCGGAGAGGUUUAAAGAGAUUAGGCGAGGUUUGACAUGAGGGAAAAUUCCUCCUCCGUGUGUACUUUAUUUUCAUUUAAGUAUAUACAACACUUAUUAUUUGAAGAAAACAUUGUGAAUGGCUAAAGGCACUCAGUAAAAAGAAAAUGAACUUUUAAAUUUGUUAGAUUUAGGAUUCAAUCAUACUUGCAAUUAGCUUUAAGUAAGUUACUUUGUACAAUUAUUUUAUUUGAAGGAAAACACUUCUUAACUGUCUUCCCUAAACACUUUGUUUUACCUACUGACCUACCUAUUUUAUGUUGCAUACUUAUGUACCCUCCCCACUCCAGCUUGGAUCAAGCAAGAAAACAGGGUCACAAAAGCUGAAUAGUUAAAUUAGUAGUAAGACCACCUCACAUUUGAAGGGUACAGUAAGUUACACUGGGGAAGAAAUUAAAUAACUUUAAGUUCAACUGAACUAUGCCUUUGAUCCCAUUCCUUGUUCUAUUAACAGCAUGCUGGCAGGGUGCUAUAUACCAUGAAAUUCUAAACUAAGAAUUGUUUUGUCUUGUAGAGCAGUCAACUUGUAAUAUUAUUUUUCUUGAGUUUUGUCUUUUUCUGUG